AUGAGCAAAACAUUAUUAAGAGGACACGCAUGUGGGGGUAAAACACUAUGUCGCAUAUGCAAGAAACUCGUCACCACUCCACAUCUUUGCUUCGUUCAAUGGAAACCCAAACCCAAACGCAACAAGGAUCUGAAAAUGUACAUCUAUUACGAUUUCGAAUGUACACAGGAAAAUGGAAUUCACACCCCUAAUCUCUGCGUGGCCGAACGCUUGUGUCAACAUUGCGACACGUUAUACAUCGACACCCAGAAUGAACACUGUCAAGGCUUUGGGUCGCAACGCCGCUUCGUAUUUCAAGGCCCAGGCACAUUAAAGCAGUUUAUGGAAUGGUUAUUACAAUCCGAGACGGACGAGAAGAGUAAUGUGUCCUUAAAACACGAUGAGGCGAUUGUCAUCGCGCACAAUUUCAAGGGAUACAAUUGGCAGUUCAUCUUGAAUUAUCUGAUGUACACGGCUUGUGUCAAACCGGCAGUCAUCCUCAACGGGAGUAAAAUCUUAUGCAUGGGAGUGUUCGGCUUGAGAUUCAUCGAUUCGUACAAUUUUCUACCCUUUGCACUCGCCAAGAUGCCAGCGGCUUUCGGUUUAUUGGAACUGAAGAAAGGCCAUUUUCCACACUUUUUCAAUGCGGAACAGAACCAGAACUACGUGGGUCCUUUCCCGGCUGCGCACUAUUACAAUCCCGACGACAUGUCGAUAGCCAAUCAUGAAGCUUUCUAUACCUGGUACAAUCAGCAACAGGAUAAAGUGUUAGAUUUCCAGCAGGAAUUUCUUGCUUACUGUAUCUCGGAUGAGGACAUUUUACGCAGGUAUUGUGCGCAAUUUAAGUCGACUCUCUACAGACUCGUACGCGUGGAUCCGUUUCAGGAAUCUAUUACUUUUGUCAGCACGGUCAAUUUAACCUAUCGCCGAGGAUUCAUGCCACCCCACACCAUUGUCAUCAUCCCCAAUAUGGGUUACCAACCGUCGCGCCGAUACUCGGCCAAGGCCUGUCGUUGGCUCACCUCCCUAGAGAACGAAGACCAUACCAUACUCCAUGCUAAGAACAGGGGUGAAAUCACUAUAGGACCCUAUAUGGUGAACGGCUACGAUGAGGACUCCCGCACUGUGUACGAAUUUUACGGCUGCUACUGGCACGGGUGUCCUACCUGUUAUCCAAAUCUGAUGACGGAAACCCAUCCUCAUCGAGUCCAGCAGAAGUAUCAAGGCCUAUAUGAACAGACCUUGAAACGAGCCACAGACUUAGAGGAACAAGGAUAUACAGUCGUGAGCAUCCGGGAUUACGAGUAUGAUCGACAAGUUCAAAACAAUCCGGAGUUACAAACGUUCCUAGGAUACCUCGAUAUUCAGGGCCCAUUAAAUCCUCGCGAUGCCUUAUACGGAGGUCGUACCAUUAUCACGCGCCUGUAUUGCGAGGAAGGAGAUAUGCGAUACGUCGAUGUCUGCUCCCUGUAUCCUUACGUGCUGAAAUACAAGGUGUUUCCCAUCGACCAUCCUCAAGUCAUCACCAGCGAUUUCGCUGAUGUGAGAGAGUACUUUGGCCUCAUUCGUUGCCGUGUCCUUCCACCCCGAGGUCUGUAUCACCCCGUGUUACCCUACAAGACGGGGGGCAAAUUACUCUUUCCCUUAUGCAGAACUUGCGCCGAGCCUGGCAGCUUAGGGUCCGACGAUCGAUACAGUCACAGCGAUUCAGAACGGAGUCUGACCGGAACUUGGGUGACCACAGAACUACACAAAGCUCUAGAACUCGGCUAUCACCUCGACCGCAUCCACGAAGUCUGGCGUUUGGAAAAGACCAGCCAGGGUGUGUUUCGAUCUUACAUCGACACUUUCUUGAAGAUCAAGCAAGAAGCCAAGCAAGAAGCUUCGGGAUUUCCCGACCAUUGUCAAACGUCCGAACAGAAACAAGAAUAA